UUCAUAGGAUUUUAUGAUUAUCUAGCGCAGCUAUCGUUAAGAAACUGGUUUCAUCAAUAUGUUUUGAUCACAAGACCGUCACAGUGGAAGGCAAUAGGUCGCAGAAGUUUGCAAGCAGCAAUUUUAUUACUGCAGCGCUUUCAAGACAUACCGGAUCCUGCUGCAAAUGGCGCAUUUUAAGGACAAAGUAGCCCUGGUAACAGGUGGCUCUUCCGGAUUAGGCAAAGCCACCGUGGAGCGACUGGCAUCAAAAGGAGUCAUAAUUUAUGUAGUAGAUCUGCAAAUUCCUAGCCAAGAAGACGGUGGGGAUAUCUACGGCGAUGCGUCCAUUAAAUACCGCAAAGUUGAUGUAACCCGAGAGGACGAUGUUGCCAACGUGAUCAGUGAGAUUCGCUACAAACAAGGGCGACUGGAUUUUCUCAUCAACUGCGCCGGGAUACUGGGUCACGUGCAGCCGGUGUAUGACUUCCACACCGACCAAAUGCACUCAACACAGAUGUUCGAGGAUAUCAUGCGGAUCAAUGUUUAUGGGACAUUUAACGUUAUCCGGCACGCCGUGGGUUUAAUGAGCACUAACCCACCUGAUGAAGACGGCCAACGUGGCGUUAUCGUUAACGUUUCCAGUGUGGCGCGCAGCGAUGGACAAGUGGGACUUUUAGCGUACAGUGCCAGUAAGGGCGCCAUUAGCUCCAUGACGGUGCCGCUAGCCCGGGAAUUUGGGCCCGUCGGGAUCCGGGUCCUGGCCAUUGCACCCGCUGCAAUCUGCACGCCGAUGCUGGAUAAUGAGGAAUACAAAUGGGCUCUGGCCGGACAUCCUAGUUCGGCGGUGUUCCCUAAACGAGUGGGCCGACCGGAAGAGUUUGCACAUAUGGUGGAGUUUAUCAUUGAAAAUCAUUUGGUCAACGCGACGACCAUGCGGUUGGAUGGGGGAUUUAGGAACUUUCCCGGGUCCGCACGCUCCGACGACGGCACGGUACAGUGACCCGGAAAGUUCACCUGCGCCUCUUUGAGGCUUUAACUUUUAUCGCCUGUAAUGAUUUAUCUCAAAUUUGCCAUAAGCCGCUGUGUGUUUUACGGCAUACACUAGUGGUGCAUUUUAGAGUGUGACAAUUUGUUUAAUAUUACUGCGAUGCCGGAGACACAACAAACAUUUAUGCCGCAAAACUUGUGCGAUUUGUGACAAGCUUUCUUCAAGAUGUGGCAAAUCUCUUUUUCUUUGAGACAAUUUUUUAUGACGAAUGGCAUCCCAUGAAAUUAUUAAUUGUUCUAACGCAGGCAAAUACAGAAUGAUUUUACAGUACGUACAGUGCAGACGCAGAUUAUAUUAGUCAUAACAAUAUUCUAUUGCGAAACUUGGAAUACCGUGCGUGUA